AUGACAACCUCCUUGAAUAUAACGCCCCAGUUUAGUCAAGAUCCAUACCUGCCUACAUGGGGAACUACUAUCGGUGAUAUUCAGCAGCGGGCUAAUGUUACCACGUCAUUUGAUGCUGGUAGAACAUCCGGGUUUUUUGAGCUGAGGAUACAUUCAGUCAGGUGUAGCGAUCCAGCCUCAUUCAGGUGUACCACGACAUCAAGUGCCAGUGGAACGAGUCAGUUUUCAAAUGUCCAGAAUGUGUCUAUACAUGGUGUGACACAGAGUAUACAGGUUACAGGUGCUCAGGACUGUGGUACAUUCAUCGAUCCUGACUGUGCAAUGUGUCAGAACUUUGAUGAUAAGUUUGGAGUUCAACCCAAAUACGCCAAGAUGGGACAACCCUUAGAGCUGACCUGUUCUGGACAGCUGGCAACGCCACAGUCCCAGAACAAAGCUAUCUGGUACAAGCAGAAUGUGAAUGACCAACAGAAAGUGAUAAUUACUAUGAACAAAACAGAUUUGGUGUAUGAUCCUCCGGCUCCAAAUGCCUGUACGGUUCUCGGACGCUCCACUCUGACGUAUUACCCUCAGAACACAGACCGUGAGCUGAGAAUCAGCUGUGAAAUCAGUUCUGGGAGCUCAGUUGAUACCGUCAGUGAUGAAAUGUCCAUCUGUGUUGAAGGCUUAAUGUCAGUGACAACGCCACCGCCGCAAGGUCCAGAUGCGAGUACAUACUGA